UUGGAAAAUUUGCAGCCUGAGAUUAAAAAACUAGCUGAGCGUCUUCGCUAUGAAGUUGCUGUUCGUGGAAAGCAGCUGGGUUGGUCUGAAAAGGUGGCCAGGUUUCACUUUAAGAAAAACCUCCGGAGGAUUAUUACAGAGCUGUACAUUCGAGACAACUGCCAUCCCUUCAAAGCCACUUUGCUGGUUUGGGUACAGGUUCCAAUGUGGGUUUGCGUGUCCGUCGCUUUGCGCAACUGCAGCGUAGGUGCCGUGGACUCGGAAGUUCAAGAACAGUUUUCAGCAGGCGGAACGUUGUGGUUUACAGACCUCACUGCACCAGAUUCUACGUGGAUUUUGCCAGUUUCUCUUGGGCUCGUGAAUUUGCUGAUAGUGGAGAUCUUUGCUUCACAGAAGAUGAAAGUUUCCACGUUCCAGAAGCUUGCUACGAAUUUCUUUCGAGUGGUGUCAGUAGUAAUGAUCCCUGUUGCUGCAUCAGUCCCCUCUUCCAUGGCGUUGUACUGGCUGUCCUCGAGCUUCGUGGGACUCUCACACAACCUGUUGCUGCGUUCUCCGGCCUUUCGUCGGCUCUGUUGCAUACCGAGGACCAAGUCUGACUCGGAUACUCCUUACAGGGAUAUCGUGUCUGCCUUGACUACCAAAUACAGUUUUAAGAAAUGAUGUCGUUUGAACUGUCAGAAGAGCUGUCCCAUAAAUGUUGCAUGGGUAAUUAAGUAGUGCUGUUCUGUUGAGAUGUAUUUACUUACUGUAAAAUGUUGCAGCUGGAAUUAUAUUUAUUUUCCAAAUAAAGCAUUG